AUGGGGGAACGUCCAUACAAGUGCGCCACCUGUAACAAGGCAUUUUCUCUAGCCUCAAUUCUCAAUAACCAUGAGCGAGUUCACACAGGGGAACGUCCACACAAGUGCGCUACCUGUAACAAGGCAUUCUCUCUAGCUUUAUAUCUCCGUAGCCAUGAGCGGAUUCACACAGGGGAACGUCCAUACAUGUGCACCACCUGUAACAAGGCAUUCUCUCAAACCUCAGUUCUCCUUAGGCAUGAGCAAAUUCACACAGGGGAACAUUCAUACAAGUGCACCACCUGUAGCAAGGCAUUCUCUCAAGCCUCAUAUCUCCAUAGCCAUGAGCGAAUUCACACAGGGGAACGGCCAUACAAGUGCAUCACCUGUAACAAGGGAUUCUCUCAAGCCUCAGUUCUCCAUAGCCAUGAGCGAGUUCACACAGGGGAACGUCCAUACAAGUGCGUCAGCUGUAACGAGGCAUUCUCCCAAGCCUCAGUUCUCCAUAGCCAUGAGCGAAUUCACACAGGGGAACGUCCAUACAAGUGCACCACCUGUAACAAGGCAUUCUCCAGUGCAGCAUAUCGGAAUCGACAUCUUUCAUACUGCUGGAGACGAUGCAUGCCUUCCAAAGGUACCACUGCAAUCGAACUUAUAGAAGAAGACCUAGGCAAGAACAAUAACAAUGCUAGUACCACUGACUUGAGGCAUGAUACAACAAAGAACUCUGUUUCUAAAAUAGGGAAUAAUAUGAAUCAGGUUUUGUACACUGGGUCGAACACUUCCAGUGAGACUCUGCUUGGAUAUUCGCCCAACCAAGUGAUGUAUGGAAAGGAUGAUUCUCAAGACUGGCUAAAAGGAUGGCCACAAAUUAAAGGAGACAAUCUCACUAAGAAGGACAUCUCGAAGGAAGUUUACUUAAAUCUACAACAUGAAGCUCAAUUACGAAAGGCAGAAGUCGAUAAAAAAGUGAAGAAGUUGCAUUUUGCAGAUAUUUCUGCUAGGCAGAAAAGUCAAUAUAAUGUUUCCUACAGUCUCAGAGGCCUGUACGUGCAUGAAAUCCUGGCUGUUCUUGAGGAAGAGGAGGGAGAAGAUGCAGUGGAUAUAUUUAUUGAGCCUCCUGAAGCUAAUGAAAAGUCGGAUGAAGAUUCUGAUGAAGAAGAUGGGAGCGGAAAGAUAGAUAAACUUGGACCAAGGCAACUUUAA